UUAGUGCCUCAGAUGGAGGAAAUAUUGGAUGCUGUGGAUACAUCUUGUGGAUGCUUUCCUUGAUUUUCAUAGCCAUUACAUUCCCAUUUUCGUUGAUACUGUGUAUUAAGGUUGUUCAAGAGUAUGAGAGGGCUGUCAUUUUCCGACUGGGUCGACUGGUCUCUGGUGGGGCCAAGGGUCCAGGCUUGUUCUUCAUCAUACCCUGCAUUGACUCAUACACCAAAGUGGAUUUGAGGACUAUUUCAUUUGACGUGCCCCCUCAAGAGGUAUUGACCAAAGAUUCUGUGACAGUUGCAGUAGAUGCUGUGGUGUACUACCGUGUCAGUGAUGCCGCCAUGUCUAUCACCAGUGUGGAAGACUCUAAUAAGUCUACCCGACUGCUGGCAGCCACCACCCUGAGGAAUGUCCUGGGUACCAAGAACCUCAGCGAGAUCCUGUCAGACAGGGAGAACAUCAGCCACAUCAUGCAGGGAUCCCUGGAUGAGGCAACUGACCCAUGGGGUGUGAAGGUUGAACGUGUUGAAGUGAAAGACGUUCGUCUCCCAGUCCAGCUGCAGCGAGCUAUGGCAGCCGAAGCAGAGGCCUCAAGGGAAGCCAGGGCUAAGGUGAUUGCCGCAGAAGGAGAACAGAAGGCAUCGAAAGCCUUGAAGGAAGCUGCAGACAUCAUAAGUCAGUCCCCGGCUGCUAUCCAGCUGCGUUACCUGCAGACCUUGAACACAAUCUCUGCAGAGAAAAACUCCACAAUUAUCUUCCCCUUGCCCAUCGAUUUGUUGAAAGGGUUUGUGAAAUAA